CAUUAGUCUGUGUGUACAUAUUUCAACAUAACCACACGCUGCAGCCGUCAAAAAAUUAAAUUUUUAUUAUCCGAUAAUAAUAAAGAACGGAACGUUCAGCAUUUGAAUACCAUCGUAUUAACAACCGAAUGACAUAAUGGGCAAAACUCGAAAUGGAAAGGCUGCUGCUAUAUGCACAACAAUUGCGUUCCUUUUAAUAGUGAUCGCAUUCACCACACCCAAUUGGCUUGAAACAGACGGAAAAUUGGAAAAUCCGAAAUUUAUUAGACUUGGUUUAUGGCAGGUAUGUUUCCAAGGAUUUGAACAUCCCCAUCACCUGUAUGAUACCAAAUUUUAUGGUUGUUGGUGGGUGUUUGAAGAAGAAUAUUACAUAAUUCAUGAUAUUCUUCUGCCAGACUUUUUUGUAGCAACACAGUUCUUCUUCACACUGUGUAUGACUUUAUUGUUAAUAGGAAGUUUCUUAACAAUAUUGUAUACAUGUUGUUCACAACAUCAUGAUAAAUAUCAAUUACUCUUAUGGACAACUGGUGGAAACUUAUUGUUAGGUGGAGUAUGUGGUAUCAUAGCUGUUAUUAUAUUUGGAGCACGAGGGGAUGGAAGAGAUUGGAUGCCCAAUUGGGAGCACAAUGACAUCAGUUGGUCUUAUGCACUGGCUGUGCUUGGUACCUUUAUUCUGGUCAUUGCAGGAGUUCUCUUCUUAAUUGAAGGACGCAGAUAUAAGAAAAAGCAAGAGAGAAUAUUAAAUGAAGAACAGAAGACUCAUACAACCAUCUAAUUACAGUUUUCGUUAAUAACAACAAUGAAUUUCGUAUAAAUUAUUUGGAAUCAUGAAAAUCUGCACAUGGCUCCUUUGAGUGCAAGCACAGUCUAUGUAGAAUUAUUUUGAAUAAGCUCAGCGCCAAUUUUUGAAGACUUAUAUAUUUUUAUAUUUAUACGCAUUAUUUUCAUAACUAUUAUUUACAUUGCAUGCAAGCGUCUGUAUUAACUUAUCAACGCAGUAGUAACUUCAACGUAUUUUUUUACCAGAAAAGGGGCAACCAAAAGUUGAGAGAAAUAUUUUGUAUAUCCUUAUAAUGUUUAAUACAAGUAAAUUAUGCAUUUAGUACUCGUUUUUGUAGAAUAAUUAACGCUAUAAAUCCGUCCAUAGAAUUAAGGAAUCUGAUGUGAAGAGUCCAAGAGUCUGUAAAUAAGAAUAUCAGACAUGUAACUGAAACCAUAGCAUGGUUUAGAC